CAGUGAUGUAUGACAAUCCAAAAUGGCGGGUGUGUACAGUUAGUUUGUUUUUCCGGUUUUGAGCAGGUUUUGAUUUUUCUUUGGAAUAGUUUGUGCGUGUUUACAGAAUUUAUAGGGAAGUUUGCUGACGCUUAUGGAGAUGCUUCAACUACAUAAUUUCGUAGCGGUGCUACCUGAACUACGAUGGUGAACGUAUCUGUCGGUACGGCAGUACCACGGAGAAUAUGGCUACCCGGGCUGAGGGACUUUUGCCCUAUGAGGCCCAGGAGCCCAUAAUCUCUGGUGUUUACGUCAGUUUGAAAAUUCAACAAACUUUGUUGACCGGCUUGUAAGGGACACUAUGAGUGUCACUCUGCAUACGGAUGUAGGGGAUAUUAAAAUUGAGUUAUUUUGUGAAUUGUGUCCGAAGGCGUGUGAGAAUUUUUUAGCAUUAUGUGCAAGUAAUUACUACGACAACUGCACAUUCCACCGAAAUAUCAAAGGGUUCAUAGUACAAACGGGAGACCCAACACAGACCGGGAAAGGUGGUACAUCGGUAUGGAAUAGAAAAUUCGAAGACGAAUUCAAGGAAGAGUUGAAGCACAACACGCGUGGCUUGGUAUCAAUGGCGAAUAACGGUCCAAACACAAAUGGAAGUCAAUUCUUCAUAACUUACGCUGCCCAGCCCCAUCUAGACUUGAAAUACACCUUGUUUGGAAAGGUGAUCGAUGGCCUGGAUACCCUAGAGCAACUGGAAAAACUCCCCGUGAACCCAAAGAACUUCAAACCCCUCACAGACAUCAGAAUAAACAGUGUAACAAUUCACGCUAAUCCAUUGGCUGGAUGAUCUAAUUGUAUUCC